AUCUCUUUCCUUCGAAAUUGUGAAAUGGAAAUAAGGAUUCAAUUUGAGAGCCCGACGUUUUUGGUUUUUUUUCAAUUUUCAAUUUUCUACAAUUUUUUUAAUUAAAUUUAGUGGCUGAAUGGCAAAAACCGGAUGAGCGGCUCGAUCGGCUCGAAUGGCUAACCACCUCGGCCGCUCGCCAACCGCUACAUAAAACCGGAACGGUUUUUAGACUGUUUCGAGCCGAUUUUAUGACCGGGUGGAGGUUUUACCGGUCGGGCCGAGCGACUCGGCUCGGCUUUAAUAACACUGGUUAUUAUUUCAGCUGCCACCUGAAAAAGCGGGAAACAAACUAUGUCUCCUUCCCACAAACCCAUGCCCACCGUCCACUAUUCUUAAUUAAGUAAAAUAAAGAAAAAUGGAAAGAAAAAAAAAUGACAGAGGAGUUUAUAUUAUUGUUGUAUAUAUACUUGAAGGAUUCAUUUUGUCGUGUUCUCUCUCCUUGUCUUUCUCCUCCUCCCCUCCCCGAUAGACCCAGAUCGAAGAUUGAGCACCAUAUAUAUAAAAGAAGAAAUUAAUCGUCGAUCAUGGCAAUGUCGGAGGAGAAGGGGAGGGCUCUUCCAAAAUUCGGGGAGUGGGACGUAAACGAUCCAACGACGGCGGAAGGUUUCACUGUGAUAUUCACCAAGGCCAGGGAUGAAAAGAAGAAUGGUGCUUCCGGCGGAGGAGGGGGAGGAUCGGCCGCCGCUGCCGCUGAUAAAAGGCGUGGCGACGACCGUAAAGCUCACGGUAAAACAACCAAGAGAUGGUUUUGCUUUACUUUUGAAGAGCGUUAGUGAUCCCUCCUUUGUAUCAAUUACUAUUUACGGUGAUGACGAUUUGAUGGUUAUCCUUGGAAUCAUUCAUUCAUUUGUUUCCAUCUGAUCUGAUCUGAUCUGAUCUGAUCACCAUCUUGAUUUUCAAUUGUAAUUGAGGACAUCCUUGUUGUGUUACAUUCACAUUAUCAUCAAAUGAUUGAUCGAUAGAUCACUUUUCUUUCACCUUUCAUGAUGGUUUCUUCUUUGUAAUAUAUAUCUCGUGUGCUAUGAAUUCUUUUUCUAUCCUGGUUUUACUCUUUCUUCUUGUUCUUCUGUAUUCUACUUUUCAAUCAAAAUUCAAAUAAACGACCAUGAGGCGAAGGUUGGUGGUGCUGGCAAGGACAGAGCCAAGAUUUGGAAUCGGGAGACAUAUUUUUUCAAUUUAUAAUCAUAGAAAGAAAAAGAAUUGUGCAAGACGUUGGAUUUUGAUAAUUAGAAUUUCUCUAAAUACAAUCAUAAGUAAGAAAAUUUACCUUGAUAUGUUCUAUAUAAAACGAGUAGAUUAGCAUCUUACUCAAUAUUUUCGUAAGUGAAAUGUGAAUGUUUGUCAAUAUUAGUAUUUAAAAAAAUAUUUAUUAUAUCCAAAUUUACUUAAGAAAAUAUGAACUUUUAACUUUGAAGAACUAAGGGGUCAUUUGAAAGUUGUGAUUGUUUUUGUUGAGAUUGUUAUUAUACAUGUAUUGUUUAGAAUGCAUCAUAUUUUUUAUUUUUUAGCAGAAACAAUUUAUUUGAAGUGACAGAAAUUAUCACUCAAAAUGAGUGAUUGUUAUAUCUCAACUUUUAGUUGAGAUAGUUGAGUUGAGAUUGUUAUGUCUCAGCUUUUAGCUGAUGUGACAUACACAAUCACACAUACCAAAUGACGUUGUAUUCUACAAUGCAUCAAAUUCGACAAUACAUGUAUAAUAUUAUACAUGCAUUCACAACAAUACAUGUAUUGAACAAUCACAACUUUAAAAUGACCCCAAUUGAUUUAGUUUGGAAGUAAGGAUAUGAGAAGCUAAACUAUGAAAAGCUAAACUAUGAAGUAAAAAAAAAUGUAUGAAAAACUAUGAAGUAAAUUGACUUUCUAUAGAAAAUUAAAAUACUUCAUUCAUUGGGUCAGAUUCGUGUGCUCCUGGAGCAUACUAUGCUCCAUGUACUCAUAGUGAGAUAUCUCUAUCUAGACCAUGAAUUAAACCGAAAUUUGGGGUAUGAUACUAUACCCUAACCUCAAAUGAAUAAACCCCAUGCCCCAAUUUUCUAAUCUCAAACCCAAAGUUCAAUUUAAGAGAAAAGAAGAAUUGACCGUUGAGAUUGGUCGGAGCUAAUCCAUGUAAAUCUAACGGUCAGAUCAUCUGGAGCAUAUCAGCUGUGUCCUUCAUUCAUUAUAUACAUUCAAAUUUAUUCAUAAUACAAGAACUGAAGAAUUGAUUCGUUAUAGUUUGAAUUUAAAAAAUUUACAAAUUGAAGUAAACAAUCGUGACAUAGUUUAAUUUGAAAGAUUUACAAAUUGAAGUAUGACAAUUAAGUGACCAAAUUAACAUAAUUUGAAUAUGCAGUAUUGAUAAAACUAUAAGGCAAAAUACACUUGUGUAGUCAAAACUUUGACGGUUUGGCCAAAUAUAGCCACUUUUGGCGAAUACCAAAAAUAGCCACUUUCGUCCAAUUCUUUAACGGUGUAAGUUAACGUGCUGACUAGACUAACAUCAGCGGUUGGCGUGGCAUAUUUUAUUCAAAAAUAAUGUAAGUGGAAAAUAAACAAAAUUUAUCCUUUUACAAUUAAAUAAAAAAUUAUAAAAAUAAAAAACAAGAAUAUAUUUCUCUCCAUCACCACCACCGCCUGUUCACCUCCCCUUCAUCAAUCCUUAACGAAUAAUAAAAACAGAAGCUUCCUUCUGCAAACCUCCACGACCUCCCUAGCCCAAAUAAAAAUCAAUCCCUACCCAUUAA